AUGGUUUGCUGCUUAUGGGUGCUUCUAGCAUUGUUGCUUCAUCUCGAUCAUGUAGCAUGCGAAGACGAUGCGUACUCAUUCACUUCUAAAGAACUUAAGGCUUACAAGCAGGAAGUGAAGGAGCUGUUUUAUUUCGGCUUCGACAAUUAUUUAGAGCAUGGGUAUCCAUAUGAUGAGGUAAAACCCAUUUCAUGCGUUCCUAAGAAGAGAAACUUUGAAGAUCCUACUGAUCAAGGCACCAACGAUAUAUUGGGCAAUUUUACAAUCACUUUAAUAGAUUCUUUAACCACUAUUGCUAUACUGGAAGACCGGCCGCAGUUUUUGAAAGCUGUUCGACUUGUUGAAAGGACAUUUCCUGAUGGCAAUUUCGAUAUUGAUUCCACAAUACAAGUUUUUGAAAUUACUAUACGUGUUAUCGGAUCACUACUAUCAUCACAUCUUUAUGCUACGGAUCCCACAAAGGCAGUGUAUUUAGGGGACGAUUAUGAUGGCUCACUGUUACGUCUCGCCCAGAAUAUGGCAGAUAGGCUCUUACCUGCAUAUUUAACGUCUACCGGAUUACCUAUGCCACGGAGAAACAUCAAACGAAAAUGGGAUGUCUCUGAAUUUCCAGAAUUUUUGGAGACAGAGAAUAAUGUGGCCGCUAUGGCGUCUCCCAUGUUCGAAUUCACUAUUUUAUCUUACUUGACAGGCGAUCCCAAGUAUGAGAAAGUUACCAGAUACGCAUUUGAUAAAACAUGGUCUCUUAGAACUGGUUUGGAUUUGCUACCCAUGUCCUUUCACCCCGAAAAACUAACACCAUAUACGCCCAUGACUGGAAUCGGCGCCUCCAUCGACUCCCUUUUCGAAUACGCUUUGAAAGGUGCUAUUUUAUUUGAUGAUUCAGAAUUAAUGGAAGUUUGGAACGUAGCAUACGAGGCAUUAAAGACUAACUGUAAAAACGAUUGGUUUUUUGCUAAUGUAAUGGCUGACACAGGGCAUUUGUUUGUUCCCUGGAUUGAUUCUUUGAGUGCUUUUUUCUCCGGUUUACAGGUGCUUGCUGGUGAUUUGGAUGAUGCCAUAGCGAACCAUUUAAUGUUUUUAAAAAUGUGGAACACCUUUGGCGGUAUUCCUGAAAGGUGGAACUUUAGUCCUCCGGAGUUUCCCCCACUAUCUCCAUUAGAGCGAUCGGGAGCUGUUGCUUUGGAUAAUAUCCUCCCCUUAGAAUGGUACCCAUUAAGACCGGAAUUUUUUGAGUCAACCUAUUUCUUAUAUAGAGCUACAAAAGACCCGUUUUACUUAAAUAUUGGGGUACAUCUGCUAAAAGACCUCAAGCAACGAUUUAAGUCUAACUGCGGAUUUGCAGGUUUCCAAAAUGUAAUCACGGGCGAACUGCAAGAUAGAAUGGAAACAUUUGUGUUGAGUGAAACUUUGAAAUACCUGUAUUUAUUAUUUGAUGAAGAGAACGAAUUACAUAACAGCGCUAGUGACGUAAUUUUCAGUACAGAAGCCCAUCCAAUGUGGUUGCCCCAAGAAGUGAGGUCCAACUAUAAACGUAACGCUAAAUUUAACAACUCUGUCUACUCGUCGCACUUGGAAAUUUGCCAGAAAAAGGACAGGGAACAAGCUGGAGAGAACACAUUGAGCCAAAGAAUUGUGGGGUUCGCCAAAUCGAUCUUUCAUAAAGGUCCACCAGACGAAGAGGCUACUGAUCCAAUUAUAGACUAUACCAUUGAUACUGAACUUCCCGGUACAUGCUCUAUAAAGCCUCAUCAUGUAAUUGGUGACGAAUUUUGGUAUUCUCCAAUGUUGAGCAAUUUUGACAGAUUAUUCGAGAUUGACUCCCGGUUCGCUGCCACGCUAAUUAAACCUUCACACAUGCAUAACUAUAAUGCAAUUGAACUAGAACCUGGAUUUUAUAACAGGUGGUCCAAUCCGCAAUUUAGCACGUGCCUGAUCCCACCCACCACCGAAAUUUUCGAACUACUAUUCGACCUUCCUGGAUAUCAUCAGUUGAAUCCAUUAAUGUUAGAAAACAAAACUAUUACAUUUGAAACCUUUGGAGGUAGGUCAAGGUUGAAGAUCGAAAAAUUGCAAAUCUACCAAAUUGAUUACUAUGGAGACUUAAUCACUGCAUCGACAUUCCAAGACGUCUCCCGCAAGGAUAUUUUCUCGAAUGCAUGCGAUGCAGUGGCAAGCUUGUAUUCUCCCACUUAUCUUUACAGAGUAGUAGCCAUCAACGGACGCAUAUUGCCUCGCCAUGGAAGUGUACAAAUCAAGAAACAUAGUCCUGUGCUCACUUCCAAUGGCACAAGAGAGGAAGACGAAUUCAAAAUGGAUGGCAUCGGGAUUAAUGACCAUUCCCAACUCAUGUUAGAAUGCACGCCCAUCAUCAACUUAUUUAUUGUAUGA